UUGCGGCAGCCUCCCGGCCCCAGCUCGGGCUCGCCGCGGCUGUGUUGGCGGCCCCGGCGGCCCCUCUCGCGUCCGGCGCCAUGCAGCGCGUAACGCAAGAAGAGGUGCAGCUGGAGAAAAGUGUCCGCCGACUACGGGAGAAAUUUUAUGGGAAGGUGAGCAUCUUGGAUGCCGUGAUACUCAUGCGACGUUUUGCCAACAAUCAUGACCUCGUUUGCAAAUUCAUCAUCCUCUGCAAAGAUGAGCUGGAAGAUAUGGACACAAGCGCUGAAGGCAGCCUCGACAGUGAUCCUGUGGCUUUGAAGGUGCUGAAUAAGCUAAAGCUGGAAGAGCUGAAGAAAAAGAAACCAGAUGCGAAGAAUGAUGAUAAAAUCAUGGAAGUUGCUCAGCAGCUAAAGGUCUUGCCUCUGACAGAGGAGAAUCUGUGCAUGUUCACUAAUGCCCAAAACAACCGCAUCCCCCCUGUUGAUCACCAGUUUUCCUGCCAGGGCUGUGACAGGAUGUGGUGGCGUCGAGUCCCUGAGAGAAAACAGGUGUCCCGUUGCCCCUGGUGCAAAGUUCGCUAUGACCCAGUGCCUUUCAACAAAAUGUGGGGCAUAGCAGAGUUCAGCUGUACUGCAUGUGGGCGCACCUUCAGGGGAUCAGGCCAGAUGGGAACUCCAUCUCCCUGCUACAGUUGCCAUACCCCAGUAUACCCAAGCUGUAUCAUUCCACCUCGCAAGACCCCAGGGCCACGAGGCAGGCAACAGCACUCCUGCUUUGCAGAGGAUUGCUACAACCGAAGAGAGCCCCACAUACCCGGAACCCACUGUGUGCAUCCUCGAAGCCGGGCCAAGAAUGGCUUGCCCAAAGUGAUCUGCCCCAGCCAAGUGCAUGACAGUACCGGCUCCACAGUGGCCACCUGCUUAAGCCAAGGCAGCUUGGCAUGCUGGGACGUCGAUGAGCUCAUCCUGGAAGAUCUGAAAGAAGAAGAUGAAGAAGAGGAUGGCAGGAGCAGCAAUUAAUGCCUGGAUGCCCAGAGUAGGUCGGGGGAGUUGAAGUGCAAGUUGUGGUGGACAGGGAGGGAAUGGUCUUCGUAUUCCAUGAGGCUCGGGGGUCUGCUAAUUCUACUAGCAGGCAUGAAUGGCAGUCCUUCAUGCCUGGACCCACUCAGUAAUCCUUUCUAGACCUCUUUCUCAAGGUGGCUUUUCCUGGGCUUUGUUGCCUAUUACCGAUUUCCGCUCCAAAGAGCAUAUCUUUCAGAUGUAAUGAAACCACAGGUUUAAAUUGCUCUUGAUAGCAAUUUGAAAAAACUUGCUUUUUUCUUAUCCUCAGAAAAAAUUGCUAGUCUGUGAGAUUGUGUAUGAUUGAGACCUAGUAGUCUCUUGCAACCCAGCAGUCUGAGCACCUUCAAGCUACACUUCUCUAGAUUCUUUGGUCUAAAUCCAGCACAAGCUAAUGGUGCAGAUAUGCCCCUUCUGUCCGGUCCAAGCCCUCCUUGACACCUUCUAUUGGUUGCAUGGGGAACUUGACACGGUCUAAACUUCUGAUCGUCAAAUCGACCUUAAAAAAAUCAAACACGACAUGUUUACGUGCUGUCCAGCACGAUCUUCCAGCUACUCUCCAAAGAGUGGUGUGCAGCUGGAAUGAGAGGAUUGUGUGCUACAGGGUGAGUUUCUGCUGGGCUUGUGUCCAUAGUGCAGCUCACACUGGAUGGACUUGCAGUUAGGGAAGAGGCACGUGACUUCAGCUCUUUGAAAACCAGCCAAACUGGCAAGAUGACAAGGUGAGGGGCCAAGUUGCUUUUCUGGGGAGUGUUUAUUGCUGCUUUAGGUGGAUGAUGAUGCCUUUCUCCUCAGAGAACUUGCAGCAAGAACGUGCUUGGAUGUUUCUCUCCUCAAGCUAGUGUGGCAAGAAAUCAAAGGUUCCUUUUAGCCAUUUGGAAAACAUAGGUUAGUGGGGUGAUGCAACAACUAGCAGUCAGCCAAAGACCAAGUUUGAUUCAGAAUUACAUGGGAUCAACUGCACUGCUAGAAGUGGUUUCUCCUGAAGACUCAGGAGACACCACUGAACAGGUUAACAGUGGAGUAUAGAGCAGGGAAUCUCCUAAAACCAGGCUGAGGGACCUCGACUAAGCAGAGCCUUUCCUCUGGUGGAAGUCACCUACCUCAAAGGGCAGGCAGACUAACCACAAUAAUCUCUUGGGACCAAAAAUCAGAAAUGGGGGAGUUGGAGAAGCACUAUUAUGUGUACCAAUGCUCCAGUUACAGUCCUGUUCAGAGAAUCCAAAUCUGUCACAUGUGAACAUGAAGGGCAGUUUUAUUAGAAUCUCUCUUGAAUUUUGAGAUUUUAUUGCUGGAAAUUGCACUCGGGGUUUAAAGUCAAACAACAGCUUUUAUAAACAAGCAAAUAGCUGAUGCAGCAUUUGUGUGCUACUAGCCUCGCUCUUAGGGAGUCAUAUUAGUGCCUACCGUAUACAAUGCCUUGCAUAUGUGAGCAUAUGUGUGAUCUUAAUAGUCUGAUAUCCAAGUUGAAAGCAUUCCGAUUUAUGUUGAGCUUUCUUUCAUUUGUGGAGAUGCAUUUUCUACCAAGUGUUAAUGUAUAAGAUGAACUUGAUGGUGUUCUUUCUUGCUGUGAUGAAUAGCAACACCUCUCUAAACAGCAACAACAAAAGCUGGAAAUUAAAAUGAUAGGUUUUCCUA